CUGAUUCGCCUUCGUCUCCGGCAAACAUAGAACAAAAUAGUAAGCAACCCGAGUCCGAUAAUCCAUUUAUUCAACCCGAUCAAUCAUCUACUUCGGUACCACCGCAAGAGCAACAAUCAGCGACGCCAAACCCAAAUAGUAAUCAGGUGUCACUGCCUCCACCGAUCCAGUCUUAUGUUCCUCCACAGCAAGUAUCGGUGCCUCCGACGGCACCGUCGUAUCGUCCGGUGACGAUGCCGGCGGUGCCGCAGUUCUCUCCGGUUCAGAAUUUCCAAAACACUGCCGUACAGCCGCCGGGCGUGGGCGUUAGUGGUAGCGUUGCGGUUACCAUGGCGCCGCCAAUGAUGCCGUAUCAUGUUGUCCCAGGCCAGCUUCCGAAUCCAGCGCUUAGGCCUUAUGCACCAGUGCCGAACGGAUAUGGUGUCGUUCAUGCUCCUGCUCUGGUGUCAUGAUUGAGUACUCGAUGAGAAAGGUUGGAGGCUUCAAUAUUGCUUAAGAGAACCACUUCUACAACCCUUUUUGGUAUGCACAUAUUUGCUUGGUUUCCUUAUUGCAUUUAGAAUAAAUGAUAUGAGUAAAUGUAGUUUUAAUGAAAGAUUUUCCGUUUGUCAAGCCCAAGUCGUCCUAAAGAGAGUUUACAAUAUGUCAUGCUAAAUUAUGUCUGGUUGUGUCAUGUUCAUUUUAGUGGGCUACUUUCUGGUAGUUAUAAGUACACUUGCCUUAUGAAUUGCCAGCAGCAGACCAUGUUAGCAACUGAGUGCUCAUUGGCCUUGUAUACUAAGGUAUUGCAAAUUCUUUCGUUUACAGUUUCUCUUUCACUUUCUUUGUCCUCUUCAUGCUGCACAUUGGGCUUCUAACAAUUGAGAUAAAUUUAAAUGGCCACAUAUACAAGCAUAGAUUUGUGUAAUAAUUCAUCUAUGUGCAUGAGAUGCUGGAAAACUCUCAUUAUGCUAUUACAAAAUUGUGCAAUUGGUGCAUGGGAUAGUGACACACUGCUACUUAACACGUGGAUGCGAAAGGUAAGCAUCUUCAUUUAUUCAUGAUUAUGAAUUCGAUGCUAUUGUCUCAUUGUUUCCUUCAGGUUAUCUGUUCAGCUGGUGAUAGUUGUCAUGCCUGUGGUGCCAUCUCUAAUAUGCUUUUAAUGUGUGGUCUUCCUCGGUAUCCUGCUCCAUACCCAGCUAUGGUUCGGCCUGUAUUUCCUCCACGGCCUCCAGGACCUAUUGGAGUGAUUCCAGCAGUGGCACGGCCCCCUGUUCCGGGGAUUCCUGGUGUUCGCCCAAUUAUUACACCAGUUAUCAGGCCAGCUGGUUUUCCUGUUGGUACACCAGCAGAGAAACCUGAAACCACUGUUUAUGUUGGCAAGAUAGCAUCAACUGCAGAUAAUGAUUUUAUGCUUUCUCUUCUUCAGGUAUGUGGACCUGUCAAGAGCUGGAAACGUCCUCAGCAUCCUUCAAACGGGACACUUAAAGGCUUUGGGUUCUGUGAAUUUGAGUCUGCUGAAGGGGUUCUUCGUGCAUUACGAUUACUGAGUAAAUUUAAUGUUGAUGGGCAAGAACUAAUGUUAAAUGUUACUCAAGCAACAAAAGAUUAUCUGGAGCGAUAUGUUGAGAAGAAAACUGAAAACACAAAGAAACUCAAGGAAACUCAUGAAGAUGGGGCUGAAAAAGAGGAUGGAAGUGUGCAAGGGGUUGAGAAAAAAGAGUCUCCCAAAGCUUCUGAAGACUUGAAGGACAGUGAAACUGGGGACAAAGAGAAUCACGAUUAUUCCAACUUUGGGAUUGUGACUGAUGAGGAUAGGGAAAUGGACCAAGAGGGUUCAAAGAAGCUUAAAAGCAUGAUUGAAGAGAGGUUAAAGGCCAAUCCUCUGCCUCCACCCCCUAGUCAAUCAGCUGUUGAUGAUUCUGGGGUUUCACACUCAGAAGUGCCAGCUAAAAACAGGGAUGGAGACUCUGAUGUGGAUAUAUUGAGAAAUGAUGUAGCUGCAGAUAAAAUUGAGGAUGAGACAGCUAGUGAUUCCAAAGCAACUAGUGAGCACGAGAGGCCUGAGACGAGCUCACCUGAUAGGAGGACAUAUGAUAGAAGAAGUAGAGAUAGAGACAGAGAGCGAGAUCUAAAACGAGAAAAGGAACGGGAAAUUGAUAGAUACGAAAGGGAAGCUGAGCGAGAACGUGUUAGGAAAGAGAGAGAGCAAAGAAGGAAGAUUGAGGAUGCUGAGCGUGAGUAUGAAAGGUGUCUUAAAGAUUGGGAGUAUAGGGAAAGAGAAAAAGAGAAAGAGAGGCAGUAUGAGAAGGAGAGGGCAAAAGAGAGGGAACGCAAACGGAAGAAAGAAAUUCUUUAUGAUGAAGAAGAUGAAGAUGAUGAUUCACGGAAAAGAUGGCGUAGGAGUGUGUUAGAAGACAAGAAAAGGAAAAGGCUAAGAGAAAAGGAGGAUGAUUUCAUGGACAAAAUUAAGGAAGAGGAAGAAAUUGCUGAGGCUAAGAAGAGGGCUGAGGAGGAACAGCUGCAGCAGCACCAAAGAGAUGCAUUGAAGCUUUUGUCUGGGCAUGAAGUAAAUGGAACUAAAAAACCUGCAUUGGCUGAAGAAUAUGGUGUUGAAACCAAAUAUAAAACUGCUGUUGAGCAGGAUUAUGUGGGUGAUUCCAUUAAUGAAAAGCAUUUAGCAGGUGAUGAAGUUUUACAAAAUGGUACUGGUGAAGAAUCAAUGAAUGCAUCUGUUUCUGCAUUGGAUAUGCGGCAGAGCAGUAAUACCCUGGCAAGAAAGUUAGGUUUUGGUCUCGUUGGCUCUGGCAAACGAGCUGCUGUCCCUUCUGUCUUCCAUGAAGAGGAGGAUGAUGAUGCACAGAAGGAGAAGAAGAUGAGACCCCUGGUUCCCAUUGAUUACUCCACUGAGGAGCUGCAGGCAGCCCAACCUAUUGUUUCCGGAGCAAACCAGCCAAAUUUGGCAGCGGCGGCAGAAUUUGCAAAGCACAUUUCAAAUGUUAAUUCCAAAGAAGAGAAGCUUGAUUCUGAAAGAGAAAGAAGCAGGCGUUCUCAUGAUAGGUCAGGCCAGCGUGAGAAGGACCGGAGUGGUGAGGAUAAUUGGCGCACAAGGGAUGAGAACAAAGGUAAGAUUUUUGAUCGUGAUAGAGAUCGGGAGCAUGGGUUAGAUAAGGUGAAGACACCAGAUAACAAAAAACUUUUAGAUGCUAAACAAUUGAUCGAUAUGAUUCCAAAGACAAAAGAGGAGUUGUUUUCGCAUGAGAUAAAUUGGGCUGUUUAUGACGAGCAUGAGCUGCACGAGAGAAUGAGGCCGUGGAUUUCAAAGAAGAUAACGGAGUUUUUGGGAGAAGAAGAAACCACUCUGGUAGACUAUAUUGUAUCCAGUACUCAAGAACAUGUGAAGGCUUCUCAAAUGCUAGAGUUACUGCAAACUAUUUUAGAUGAUGAAGCUGAAAUGUUUGUGCUCAAGAUGUGGAGGAUGCUUAUCUUUGAAAUUAAGAAGGUAGAGACAGGUCUAGCGGUGAGGUCAAGAUCUUGAAUGGGUUUGUCUUUUAAAUGUUCCUGCUUAGCUGCAGGAUUGAGUGGUGUUAUAUUAGAUUGAAUGUCAUUCUAUUUCUCCAACUCAUCUGUUGUUUAUUACAGUAGUGAGAACAUGAAUUGCAGUCAAGGAGUAUGUAUUGUUUCGGGAAUACCAUUUUCAUCUCAAGAUGUGACUGACUAAAUUUUGUACUGAAACAAGCGAGCUAUGUGUUUUGUUAGAUCUUUAAAGUUUUCGAAAUAAAGUCUUCUUAUGAAAAUCAUUAUAAAUAA